GUUUCCGGAUGCAAUGGCAGAACUGCAACUAGUACACGAGCAAUUACUUGCUGAUCAUCUUAGCUUCCAAAUCAAAUAUCAAAAAGCAAAAGAAGAACGUGCUGAGUCCCGGAAGGAAGUGGAAGAAGUUGCAACGCAAAUUCAAAUCAUUACAAAUGAAAUAGUUCGAGAAAACGCGGAAGCAAAACAAUCAUUGGCCAAUUUGGAGAAUGAUCAUGCCAACGAGAUAAAAACAUUGAAUCAAAAUCAUCAACAAGAAGUCACUGCAAAACAAACAAUUAUUGCUGACCUAGUGGCACAAAUUGAAAUAAUGACUUCUGAAACAGAGGAAGCAGUGGCCACGGCAAAAGAAGAAAUUGCCAUUUUGGAAGAAAAUCAUCGAAAAUCGGCCGAACAACAGCGCCAAAUUAUUCAAACCGGAAAUCAAAAAGCUAAAGAAGAAUGUGCUAAGAAACUGGAAGAACUGUCGGCACAAAUUCAAAACAUUAAAAAUCUAGAAAAGGUUCUAGAAAACGCCGAAGCAAAACAUUCAUUGGCCAAUUUGAAGAAUGAUCAUGCCAACGAGAUAAAAAUAUUGAAUCAAAAACAUCAACAAGAAGUCACUGCAAAUCAAAAAAAGAUCGAUGGCUUAGUGGCACAAAUUGAAAUCAUGACUUCUGAAAAGAAGAAAGUACUGGCCAAGGCAAACGAAGAAAUUGGCAUAUUGGAAGAGAAUCAUCUAAAAUUGGCCGAAAUACAGUCCAAAAAUCUUCAAACUCUCCGUGAAAAACAAGUGAUGAUCGAUAACUUACUGGGACAAGAAAAAUCACAAGAUGAAAUCGAUGGAUUGGAAAAAAGGAAUGAGGAAUUGAAGAAGACACUGCGUGGACGAGAUGCAAUGAUUCUGAGCUUGAAAAAUACAUCGGCUCGAACUGAAACCAUCAUGGCCGAUUUAAGAGUAAGCUAUGAAAAAUCGAUCGAAGAAUUGCGCGAAAAUUUUGAAGCCGAUCAUCAAAAGGCGAUGGAAGAACUUAAAAAUAAAUUGGAAAGGGAGCAUGAACAAGAAAUGAUUAAAAAAGAGUGUGCCAACCAAAAAACCAUCAGUUACCUUCAAAGCCAAUAUAAAGGCAUCAUUGCAAAUUUAAGUUCACAUCAAAGAAUGCAGGUAAACACACCAAUUCCAUAAAAGAUGAGGAUAAAACCAGCAACUUCAAUACCCAAUUCCACCUUCAAACUUUGUUUCUUUUCAAAAUAUUUAUAUGUUAACCGCCUCAAAACGACCGUUCUUGGUUUUAAUA